CGGGGCCCUCGGCCGGCUUUCCCGCGCGUUCCCACACCGGCUUACGGUAGAAGGCGCAGGCCGAACCAUGUCCGAGAUUCUGUGCCAGUGGCUCAACCAGGAGGUGAAGGUGUCCCAGACCGUGAGUCCCAAGUCAUUUGCAAAGGCUUUUUCCAAUGGUUAUCUAAUUGGAGAAAUUCUGCACAAGUUUGAACUUCAGGGUGAUUUUUCAGAAUUUUCAGAAAGCAGAGUUUCAAAUGCCAAACUCAAUAAUUUUUCUCGCUUGGAGCCAACGCUUCACCUUCUGGGUGUGCAGUUUGAUCAGAACGUGGCCCACAACAUCAUCACGGAAAAGCCUGGGGCGGCAACCAAACUUUUGUAUCAGUUGUACAUUGUUCUUCAGAAAAAGAAGAAAAGUGGACUGACUGGAGUGGAAAUACAAUCCAUACAACCCCCAGCAAACAUCAGACAGCAAAGUAUGAAAAGUGAGGCUUUUCGAGACAGACUUAGAAACCUGAUACCACGUCAAACUGAUUUCAAUCUGAUGCGGGUUACACACAGGUUUCAAGAAAAAUAUAAACACAUGAAAGAAGAUCUUGUCCACAUGCAUUUUGAGAAACUCCAAAAAUUUCAAAAGCUCAAGGAAGAACAAAGAUCCUUUAAUAUUGAAAAGCAAUGCUUGAAUAGAAGACGACAAAAUGAAAUAAUGGCCAAAAUCCAAGCAGCUAUCAUACAGAUUCCUAAACCUGCAUCAAAUCGUACUUUGAGAGCACUUGAGGCCCAAAAAAUGAUGAAAAAGAAAAAAGAGGCAGAGGAUGUGGCUAAUGAGAUUAAGAAGUUUGAAGCCUUAAUAAAAAAGGAUCUCCAGGCCAAAGAAAGUGCCUCCAAGACUUCUGCAGAUACAGCAGGCCAGACAACUACUGAUUUGUUAAACACUUAUUCGGAUGAUGACUAUAUUAAAAAAAUCCAAAAGCGCCUUGAGGAAGAUGCUUUUGCAAGAGAGCAAAGGGAGAAAAGACGGCGGAGACUGUUAAUGGACCAGUUAAUAGCCCACGAAGCACAAGAGGAGGCAUAUCGGGAGGAGCAGCUGAUUAAUAGACUGAUGCGGCAGUCCCAGCAGGAACGCAGGAUCGCUGUGCAGCUCAUGCAUGUUCGACAUGAGAAGGAAGUUUUAUGGCAAAACAGAAUUUUCCGAGAAAAACAGUAUGAGGAGAGACGACUUAAAGAUUUCCAGGAUGCUCUUGAUCGAGAAGCGGCUUUGGCCAGACAAGCCAAGAUUGAUUUUGAGGAACAAGCCAUCAGAGAGAGGGAAAUUCAUGAACAGAUUGCUGUGGAAAGAGCUCAGGCUCGUUACAGAAAGCAUUACACAAUAUGUGCAGUAAUUUUGGAUCAAAUACUUGAUUUGUCUACUAAGGUGGCAGACUACCGGAUGUUGACAAAUAAUAUGAUUCCAUAUAAGUUGAUGCAUGAUUGGAAGGAACUGUUUUUCAAUGGAAAGCCCAUAUAUGAGCAAGCUUCUAUUAAGCAUCUACCAGCUAAGCCCUCUGCAGAACAACUUACAGAACUGGAGAAGAGGGACUUACUCGAUAACAAUGAUUAUGAAGAAUAUAAGAACAUGAUUGGAGAGUGGGCCUUACCAGAAGAAAUGGUUGAUAAUAUACCACCCUCCAACAAUAACAUAUUGGGCCAUGUGAUUCACAGAUUAGUUGAAAAAUCUCAUCCUCCUCAAGUCAAAUCAACAAUACCAGAAUUACCUUCAUUUGCUAUUAAAGGGUGCUUACUGGGGAAAACAUUUAGUGGAAAAACCACGGCUCUAAAGGCUCUACAAAAAGACUUUCCUAUUCAGAUACUUUCUAUUGACACUCUUGUCCAAGAAGCUAUCAAAGCAUUUCAUGACAAGGAAAAAAUCAGUGAGGCUCUGCCAACUGAGAAAGAAGCUGAAGAAAAGACUUUACCAGUUCUGCAAGAGAAGAGCAAAGAAACCCAGGAUCUACAAAAUGUAUCUUCACCUUAUCCAGUUUCAGAGGACGCAUUGCCAGAAAUGAAAGAUAAAAUUAUACUUAGUACUGAGACAAAUAAAACUACAAAAGUUGAAGAAGUCACAUCAAGUGAUAGUUUCUCUGAACUGACUGUGCGCGCUCAGCUUGGUGCAAAAUCAGAAAAGUUGCUGAAGAAAGGAAAGAGCAUUUCUGACAUGUUGCUAGUUAACAUCUUGGUAAAUGCUAUUAAUGAGAUACCUGUGGAUCAAGGAUGGGUCUUAGAUGGUUUUCCAAUGACGUUAAACCAAGCAAAGCUUCUGGAGGAAGCUCUCACGGGCUGCAGCAGAGAGGUCCUAGAACUGGAGGAAAAGAAAACACAGAUAUCCACAUUGGCUAUUGACCCUACAGCCUCCAAAGAAGUGCCUUCUCCCCCUUCUGCACUUGAUUUUGUCAUGUUAUUAGAUAUUUCAGAUAACUCCUCGCUGGAUCGCAUGAAUGACACAAUGACUGAAGGAUUUUCAAGUGAAACUUCUCAUGGAGACAUCGCUCAACAUGUCACUGCUGAAAACCAAGCUACGGAUGAGGACCAGAAUUUAAGAGACCAGAUUCAGCAUAGAAUUAUAGGCUUCUUGGACAACUGGCCUUUAUUGGAGCAAUGGUUUACAGAGCCAGAAAAUAUUUUGAUAAAAAUCAAUGCUGAAAUAGAUAAAGAGUCUCUAUGUCACAAAGUAAAAGAAAUGUUUACGACUGAAAUAACAAAAAAAGAGAAUAAAGUUAAAAAGAAAUUAGAAGAAAAGGAAGCUGAGAAAAAAGAAGAAGUUCUGCUGGCUGAGCCUCCCCCUCCUCCUCCUGAGCCAGAAAAAGAGAAGGAAACCCCUUCAAAAACUCCUCCUGCAAAAGGAAAACCACCAUCAGAGUCCUUGCAUGGUAAGCAAGAAUCUCUUCAGGAAGGAAAAGGGAAGAAAGGUUCUCCUAAAGGAAAAUCACCAGGAGGGAAAGGAUCAGUAAAGAAAUCACCUGUCGAUUCUACAGACGUGUCACCUGUUCCCGUAGUGCCUCCACCACCUAAGCCAGGAUCUGAAGAAUGGGUCUACGUGGAUGAACCGAUUCCUGAGGAAAUACCUUCCUUUUUAGUACCUUACUGGGAACUAAUAGAAAAUUCCUAUAUAAACUCCAUCAAAACGGUACUCAGGCAUCUGAGAGAAGAACAGCAUUCAGUGAUUUCUUACUUAUAUGAAAUUAGAACAAAUUUCCAGCAUUUUCUACGGCGUCCGGAUCACAAACAAGAUUUUGUAUCUCAAUGGCAGGCUGAUUUCAAUGCUCUCCCUGAUGACCUGUGGGAUGAUGAGGAAACAAAGUCUGAACUACACCAGAGAGUAAAUGAUUUACGAGACCGCCUGUGGGACAUCUGUGAUGCCCGGAAGGAAGAGGCUGAGCAGGAGCGUCAGGAUAUCAUUAACGAGAGCUGGUUGCAGGACUCCAUCGUAAUAAAGAUGAACCAUUUCUUCUCACUAAUGCAGGCAGAACUGAACCGUUUCCAAGAUACAAAGAGACUCCUUCAAGAUUAUUACAGGGGAAUGGAAGGCAAAAUCCCAAUCGACGACAUUAAAAGAUUUACUCGAGUCCCCUUGGUCCAACUAGAUAAUAGAGAAAUUUUGGAAAGCCAACUUAGAAUUCCUCUAAUUUCUCGAAUAUCCAUAUCCCCGGAUUCAACUAUGUCCAAACCAAAAACAAAGGCCAUACUGAAGGGCAAGAUCGAUUACUCACUGGAAAAUGUUGAGGCAAACUUUGAGGCAGAUGAGAAGUUGUUAAUGGACACCUGGCAGCAGGCUUCUUUAGCAAUAUCUCACAUGGUGGCUGCUGAAAUUCAUCAGAGGCUCAUGGAAGAAGAAAAGGAAAACCUGCCAGCGGACACGAAAGAGAGAUCUCCUCAGAUGGGUACAAAUAAAAAAGUCAAAAAGGAACCACCCAAGAAGAAAAAAGCAGACAAAAAAGCAAAAGGCAAAUCACCACCGAUGGCAGAAGUCACACCUGUGACGGUGACAGCAGAGGAGAUUGCCCAAAUGGAAAAGAGAAAAGAACUGAUGCUCAAAAUCAAGGAAGAACACCUCGCAGCUCUGCAAUUUGAAGAGAUAGCCACACAGUUCCGGCUUGAACUGAUAAAGACCAAAGCAUUGGCUUUCCUUGAAGAUUUAGUAACAAAGGUGGUCGAUGUAUAUAAACUAUUGGAAAAGUGGCUUGGUGAGAGGUACUUGAAUGAAAUGGCCAGUGUGGAAAAAUUAACCGAGGUGGCUCGCUAUCACAUUGAAACAUCUAAAAAAAUUCAGAAUGAACUCUAUUUAAGCCAAGAAGAUUUCUUCAUUAAUGGCGAUGUGAAAGUCUUUCCAGACCCUCCUCCCCCAGUGCGCCCCCCACCUGUGGAAAAGGAAGAAAAUGGCACCCUGACCAUCGAACAGCUUGAUAGUCUUCGAGAUCAGUUCUUAGAUAUCGCACCUAAAGGCAUAAUAGGACAUAAAGCAUUUACUGACAUCCUGCUGGAUCUGGUAACCCUGAACCUUGGAACAAACAACUUACCUAGUAGUUGGAUGCACCUUACUCAACCUGAAUUGCAGGAGUUAACAUCUUCAUUAAUAGUAAACUCAGAGUUUGUGGACUGGCGGAAAUUCCUAUUAGUAAUCUCAAUGCCCUGGAUCAUCCCCAUGGAAGAAGAGCUCCUUGAGACCCUGCAGAGGUUCAAAGCCGUGGAUGAAGAGCAGUUGGGCACCAUCACUUUUGAGCAGUAUAUGCAGGCUGGUCUGUGGUUUACAAGAGAUGAAGAUACAAAAAUUCCAGAAAAUCCUCUUGAACCCCUGCCAUUCAACAGGCAAGAACAUCUUAUAGAGUUUUUCUUUAGGCUAUUUGCUGACCAUGAGAAGGAUCCGCCUCAACUUGACUACACACAGAUGCUGCUUUAUUUUGCUUGUCAUCCAGAUGCUGUGGAAGGGGUCUACAGGGCUCUCAGUGUGGCCAUCGGGACUCAUGUCUUCCAACCAAUCAAAACUCCUCCUGUUAUUGUAGAAAAGACCUCCUCCUUGACUGAUAUGAGUCCAUUUGAGGAAUAUCCUGAACUCGAGGGAAAUUUUGUGAGUGAGGAAGGGGAACUAAGAGAAGAUGGGGAGAGAAAGGAAGAAAACCCUGAGAACGUGAACACCGAAAAGAUUUCCAUGGAAAGACUACUCAAAGUGUUCCAAGGAGGAAAAGAAGUACAGGACCCUAACCGAUUUGCCAGCCACCUACAGAUAGAGAAUGCUUUCUCAGAGAACUUCGUCAAAGUAUUUCAAGACCUAGGUGCCAAGAAUCUGGAGCCAGUUGAAGUUGCUAUUCUUUUGAAGCAUCCUUUUAUUGAAGAUCUGAUUUCAAAUAAUUCAGACUACAAAAUCCCAGAUAUUAAAACAAUUCUCCAAAGGAGUGAGCAUGUACAAGGAAGUGAUGGAGAGAGAACUCCUUCGAGACUUAUAGAAGAAAAGAAAUGAAGACAAGAGUGUGAUUUUUAUAAUUUGACAAUGAAUCAUCCAAACAUCAAUGUAAACAAGGUGUUAGUCAUAUAUGUUGUCAUUGAAAGUAUAGAAAUGACCCCUACCAGAUUAUGAGCAGCGAUGAAAAUGGGGCCUUCCUUAACUCAGAGAAUAUUCUAUAAUAAACCUUAAUUACAGAGCAAAAACCCAAA